AUGGUGGAGAUGCUGCCAGAGUCGUGGGGGGCGGGCUCCUCGGGGAAGAGCUACGCCAUGCUGGAGCCAGGCGCGGGCCUGGUGGUGCGGGACCUGCAGCUACGCGCCGCCGGCGGCGGCCAGCUGAACGCCUACACCCUGACCCUCUGGUUCCGCGUGCCGCAGCUGCCCUGGAAGUCGGACCGCCUGAUCGUGCUAGACAUCCCGCGCAGCCUGGACGACCCCUCGAACUUCGACGUCCCAGAGGAGGAGCAGAAGACCGGCAAGGUGUUCAUCUGGAAGAACGGGAACAUCGCGCCCGAGGGGAUGCACAACCCGCGGGUCCUCUCGCGCCGCAAGCGGGAGAAGAUCGCGGGCGCUCGCAGCUCCCCGGCUACGCAGGUCGCCGGCGAGUGGCAGCUGCGCUUCACCAUCACGUCGGACGACGGCGCCGCGGGCGUUCCGCUGCCGCAGGGCGCGCAGCAGGAGGUUUCCGAGCGCAUGCCUUUUCCCGUGCCGCCCGACGACGGGUCUGCCGCCGUCCCUCCGGCGGCGGGCGAGGAUCCUGCGUCCCGUGCCCCAGACGACGGCCUGAUGUUCUCCAUGCAGAUCACGUGCGACCCCCGCAGUGGAGGCGUGCGAGUCCGGCCAGCUCGCGGGCGGAGGUCGGCGGACGGUUCUGGCGAGGAGGUCUUCAAGGUGAUGCUCCCCAUUGGCGCAGAGCGCCACAAGGUGAUCGAGGAUACAUUCGGCGGCGACUAUGGUGGGAACGAGCGCAUGCUGACAGAUGCACUAUGGAAAGACUACCUCGAGCAUGCGAUUGAUGUUACAGGACGGUCCUGGGAGGCACUCGGCUGGCGCAACGUGCAGCACUUCCGCGCGAUCGUCGGGCGGAAGGGCGACGAGGUGCCGAUCGCCAUUCGGCAGACCGAGCAGGCGGCCUCUGCUAUCGCCGAAGUAGUGCGGGGACUAAGCCUCUUCCAGCGGGAGCCGGAGGUGAUAGAGGAUCGCAUCUGUGCGGAAGUGCCAAAGGAAGGGGACAUGGUGCGCUUGUCGCCCAACUCGACGGACACGCACUUCUACGAUGUCUUCCCGUACGGGGCGCUGGACAAGGAGGGAACUAUGACCGGUGAGCUCGAGCAGUUCCUCAGCUAUGACCCGAGCAGGGCGCUGGUCUGGUCCCCGUCCACGAAGGAUCGACAGCGAGCAACGUACUACAGGAUCUGGAACCUGGAGAGGGCCAACGGAGGCAAGGACGACGCCCAGGUGCUCACCGACGAGGACUGGCUGGCGCUCCCGUCGACCAGGGCCAAUUAUGUGGCCCUGCAGAAGGCCCCGCCGCAGAACCCGAUCCGCAAGAGCGCCGGCUGGACGGCGCGAGGGCGCCUGGACCUGCAGUCCUUGCUCCUGGACGUCGAGGGCGACGACGGCUGCCCGGCGGCCUACGUCGACGCGGCGCUCUCCGCCGAGGAGGGCAAGGUGCCGACACUCACGGGCACGUGGAGGGCGGAGGACGGGUCCCACGGGACCGUCGAGGGCUGCAAGGUGCUGCGGGAGUCGAGACUCGGCGGCAUCUGGCACUUCGAGGUGCAGUCCGGGGGCGAGCCUAUGGACCACGCGUUCAACGCCUGGAUGACGGCACACCCUGCGGGCGCGGAGGCCGACGCACUCGCCUCGCACACGCUGCGCGUCUCCGGGGUGGCGCUGGCGGGCCCGAUGCUCGCGGAGGGCGGCGGCAAGAGGCCGAUCGUGUCGGGCUCGUUUGCUGCCCUGUCGCGGCAGCUGGAGUUCGAGCUCCGAGGCGGCGACGCCCGGUGGUCUGGCGGGAGCUUCAAGGGUGAGCUGGCCGCAGACCAGGCAUUCCGCGGCACUUGGCGCCACGGGGACAAGACCGGCCGCUGGCUCGCGCGGCACAUCGGGACCCGCGCGGUGAAUGCCAGCCUGAGGCCACGGAUCGACGAGGGUUCCAGGUGGGACAGCAAGAGGUGCGUGGUGAAGAUCGGGCUGGAGAAGAGCGGGCGCCGUCCAGUGCAGGGGGACAAGGUGAAGCUGUCUAAGAUGUACAAGUUCUACGACGGCGAGGGGAUGUGCCUGAAACCGGGCCAGAUUGGCAAGCUCGUCACGGACGACCGAACGACCACCCCGUUCUUGGUCGAGGCACCUGGCGGAAACACAGACUGGUACGCGGACGGCGCCAUCGUGGUCGUCGAGGACAACGACGACAGUGCGAUGACGCCGCUCGGGGACUCUCUGGAGGGCGCAGCGCUCUUCUCGCGCUUCCCGGUGCGAGAAGGCACCUGGUACGCUGAAGUGGAGGUGCUGAAGCUUGGGAAGUCCCAGCCGUGCGUGGGCUGGGGUGUGAUCAAGAAGAACCCGAAGAAGGCGGAACGGGCCGCCGUGAUCGGCGGCAAAACACACGUCAAGCUCGACAUCGGCGAGGGUGCACCCAAGAAGAAGAGGAAAUCGAAAGAUGACGGCAAGUUCCCUCUCACGAUAUUUGUGCUGGGGCUCCCGAAGGUCGAGGCGGGCGACGAGGCCGAAGAGAAGCGCGAGGAGAUAAUGGUGCCGCUGGCCAAGCUGUUGGACCCCCACGGCCCAAAUGAGCGGCUCAUGCUUUUCGGCGAGGGGGGCGCUACAGAGGGAGUCGCCGCAGCCACGUUCCAGGAAACUGCAGCGAUGGAUGCGGCGACGAAAGCGCUCGGCGGUGCCACCUUCGAAGGGUCCAACGUGCUGCAGGUAAUGAAUUUUGGCGAGUUCGCUAAGACCCAGGGAGAUGAGACAAGCGCCAAAUGGUGUACGGCAUUGGAGGAGAAGCAGCAGGAGAAGCAGCAUGGCGGUGGUGAGGGUGGCGAGGCGGAGGAGAAAGACGGCGAGAAGGAGAAGGUGGAUGCGGAGGAAGAGGGCGGCAAGAGCGAGGACGCUGCUGCGAAGGAGGGCGGCGAGGCCACUAAGGCUGCAGCGGAGGAGGAGGAGGAGGAGGCAGAGGAAAAGGAUGGCAAGUGCAAAGACGACGAUGCGGAAGCAGAAGAAAAGGAUGCAGAGAGCAAGGAGAAGAACGGCGAGCAGCCCAAGAAGACCGACGACGAAGAAGAGGAGGGAGAGGGCGACGAGGAAGAUGGCGACGGCGGGGAGGACGCCGCCGACGAUGUAUUGUGGCGGAACGGUGAGUCAUUUGGCGCCCCGUGGAUGGAGGGGGACAUCAUCGGGGUGCUCCUCACCUGCGGGACGGCAAGUGCAAGCUCGCGUUCUCGCUCAACGGCUCCUUCGUGCCGCCCUUCGGACAGGCCUUUGAGAUACAGCUCCCGCCCGACGCGUCCUUGUCGCUCCUGA